UGGGAGAUUUUGUUUUAAGUUUUCUGUGUAAAAAGUUCGACAUAUUACAAAAUAUUGACCUCUGAACAUGUAACGCUAUACGAAAACCAUAUGUCACAAGAAUAAAAAACAAAGUUUAAACCGAAAACUUGAGAUGUUCUGCCUGUAGUUGCUGCCUAAAUUGUGUCACAAUUUGGAGAUACAUGUUUCAGGACUCACCUAAAUUAAAGUUACGGUUGUCGUUGUUGGUUUGCUCAACACACUGGACCGUGAUCCAAGUGUCACGUGGAUUUGGGUCAUUUACGUUACCAGGCACAAAAAAUCGAAAUAUAAUUUCUUGUAUAUCCGUACAGAAGCCCUGAAACAUAUUUAUAACAACUUUAAGGCUCAAAGACCCAAACCAAUAUUAAGAACUGUUCAUAAAAAUCAAAGUGUUCAAGAAAUCAUCACUUCAUGCCAGCUAAUUGGCAAUAAUUUUACUGCACUGUCACUUACGUUACUCAAUCUAGGUCACAACUGCCAAGCUUUAAGACCUUAGGAGGUCUUGUUAGCAGUGUCACAUUGCAGAGCGACCUUAGUAAUAUCUUAAAGAAAAAUAAUAAUCUAAUUUGGUUGAAACGUGAAGAGACAGUAGCUUGACAAAUGCUAGUGUCACAUUACGUUACCGUAACGUAAAUGACAAUAGAAUUUACGUACUAUCGUCUAAUGGGGCGCACGUGCACACACACUAGCGAGAUAAGGAUAAUUUGUAUAGGAUUAAAUUGCCAAGAUAUCUAACGUUUUAGUUAAAGCCCAACAAGCUGUAAUACAAGUAUUUCCUUCGAUGACCUUCGCGGUAGAAGUAUCAACUCUAUCUUCACUUUUAAACUCAAUUUGGUUUUCACUUCUCGAAAAGCAGAAUUAAGCAUUCAAAAUGGGAAAAUCAAGAGCAGAGAUUCAACGCGCCUACAGAGAACGAAAAAAAGGGAAAGAUUCAAAUUGGCAACAAAAUGAGUCAAUCCGAGUGCAAAAAUACUACACACCAGCAUCCAAACACCGGCGUUUGAAAAGCAACCUCAAAGCUGGGCAUGUUGUAAUUCAAAUGGACUUUGCCGAGAAUUACAACUGCCAGUCUUGCGAGGAAGUGCAAAGUGCUCACUGGAAUGGCCCCACUAUGGUCUCCCUACAUCCAGUAGUGGUAUAUUACAAGGCAGAAGGCAAAGACGACCUAAAGCACAAGAGCUUUGCCUUUGUUUCGGAAGAGCUCUCGCAUAAUGCAACUGCCGUGUAUGCCAUCUUGGGGAGACUGAAUCAAGACCUGAAGGAUCUUGUCCCUGACCUGGCCAUUGUACACUAUUGGACGGAUAGUCCCACAUCACAAUACAGAAACAAGACAAUCUUCGCCAUAGUCGCGAACCACAAGGAAGAGUUCGUAGUCCCAGUAAGAUGGAACUAUUUUGAAGCGGGGCACGGAAAAGGUCCCUGUGAUGGUGUCGGGGGAGCUGCCAAGCGGAUGGCUGACGAGGCGGUGCGGUCAGGCAAAGUCGUUAUUGACGAUGCACACAGCUUCUUUGUUUGGGCCACCGAAUAUCAAAGUAGUGUGACCUACAUUUACUACUCAACAGAUGACUUGAAAAUGGCAUCAGCAAGGCUGGACAAGUACAAUGGCACACAGACUGUCCCUGGCACAAUGUCAAUGCAUGCCAUAUGCGCAGUGGACAGACACACCGUUCUCACUCGUGUCACCUCGUGUUACUGUCCCGACUGCCUUUCCAGCCCAAAGGAUAGCCAUUGUGCAUGGGAAGCCGCCAUGCUCACUCCACCCAGUGCGUUGAGUCUACGCAAUGAGCUCGCUCUAAAGGUUGACGACUUUGUCGCUGCCGCUUACGAAGGGGACUGGUAUGUUGGCAAAGUACAGCAGAUCGACCAGGAGGACGGCGAAGCUCUCGUGACUUUUAUGUCACGUAGUGGCACUACCCUUCAAUCUUUCAGCUUCACAUGGCCUGCCCGCGAAUAUGUUAUUUGGAUCAAGAGGGACAUGAUCUUAUGUGUCAUCGAGCCGCCCGCCCGAAGUAGUAAAACGGAAACUGGAGCUCGUUGAGGCACGCUUCCGCCUACCUUAAUGUCAUUUACGUUACCGUUUUUUAUAGAGGUUUUAGAAAAACGAUGGUUCAAAUCGAAGUACCAAAUAUCAAAUUAAAAUCACCUGUAAGUAGAACCAAGUAUUUUCAUAUAUAUAUAUAUUUACAGUUAAGCGCUUGAAAGCAUUUCAACGAUUCUUUUUGUUUGGAUGUGAAAACUGUCAUUUACGUUACUAGUAGCAAAAGUUUAAGAAAUUAUGAAUAUGACCAAGUUAUUGUUCAGAACCUUUAAUGAUAACUAAAAGGCGAAAAUUUGACCAAAAUUUUACAAGUUUAGAGUUGCAUCGUGUAUCCUACUGAGAAGGUCAUAUACGUUACUUUACAUGUCAUUUACGUUACCAUUUCCAAUCAGCAUAUAUUGUUUAAUUGCUUUAUCAAAUCAGAAUCAACUUUAUUGCGUUUAAUAUUUUGAUAUUGAUGGUAGUAAUUGAAUGUAGUUGUAUAUUUCAAGACGUUCUAAUUUUGUUUUGAGAAAAACUUAAAGGAAGAACAAUUUAAUAAUUUUGAAAACAUAGAUUCAACUCUUAAAUCAAACAAAAUUUGUGACAAUAUAAAGACGAGUCUACGGUGUUCUAUGAUGUUUAUAUUCAACAAAAUUCAUCUACUGCCACAAAAAUAAUAAAAGAAGGCGUAUUUUACUGGU